CAACUAGAAUUUGUGGAAAGCAAAUUUAUUUUAUUUUGUUUUAUUUUUAUUGGUAAUUAAGAAGACCUUUCUCUUUGGUAUAUAUCGGUCCAUGAGCAAUUGAAUUGAACAUGUUAAUAUUCAAACAUAAAGAAGGAGACUUGGUGGAGUCGACUGAAUAUAGAGAAGCGGAGAUUUCAGCCACCUUCAACGGCGUCGCUUGGGGCGCGCUGUGUCCUAACUCCAAGAAUCUAUAUUGGGCUUUACGGUCACAUCAGAAAGUCAGCAAGCGAGGCCAAGGCAAGCGUGAAAUUCUUUAGUCCCAUCCAUCGGGGAGUGAGAAAGACAAGUGCAUUGCAUUGCAUGUUAUAUGUUCGUUAAAUUGCCUCAAUGGCUUUCUCUUUCAGUCUCAAAUGCUAUCCCUGGUCUCACAACCCCAUUUACUUGUUCUCUUCCUCAGUCUCCCAACAUCACGAACUCCGCCUCCCCAUUCAUUCUUCUCUUUCCCCAAUUCCAUCCCCUUCCCACAACCUCCCCCCAGACUUCACCUCAAGCCAGCUCCUUCACACCCUCCGUCGCCAACACGACGAAUCAUCUGCUCUUCGCAUCUUCCAGUGGGCUUCCAGGCAGCCCAAUUUUGUACCCAGUUCCUACGUUUACGAGGAGCUUCUUCGCAAGCUUGCAAAGGUUGGCUCUUUCGAAUCCAUGAGAGGUGUUUUGGAGGAGAUGAAGCUUGCGGGUUGCAAAAUAAGCGGAGGUACUUUCUUGAUUUUUGUCGAGAGCUACUCUAAGUUUGAUUUACAUGAUGAAAUCCUUGGUAUUUUGGAGGUUAUGGAAAAUGAGUUCGGCGUGAAACCCGACACGCAUUUCUUUAACUUCUUGUUGAAUGUCCUUGUUGAUGGGAACAAGCUCAAACUCGUAGAAACUGCGCAUUCCGGCAUGGUUAUUAGAGGAAUCAAGCCGGAUGUUUCCACGUUUAAUAUAUUGAUAAAGGCUCUGUGCAGAGCUCAUCAAAUUAGACCUGCCAUUUUGAUGAUGGAAGAGAUGUCUAGCUAUGGCUUAACACCAGAUGAGACAACAUUUACGACACUAAUGCAGGGUUAUAUUGAGGAAGGAGAUACAACCGGCGCAUUAAGAAUUAAUGACCAGAUGGUGCAAUAUGGCUGUCCAUGUACCAAUAUCACCGUUAAUGUUUUGAUUAAUGGGUUUUGCAAAGAGGGUAGAAUUGAGGAAGCCUUGAGUUUCUUACAAGGGAUGGCUAAUGAUGGUUUCCUUCCCGAUCAGUUUACAUACAACACUUUGGUUAAUGGUCUGUGCAGGGCAGGGCAUGUAAAGCAUGCUUUAGAGAUUAUGGAUGUCAUCCUUCAGCGAGGAUUCGAUCUUGACAUUUUUUCUUAUAACUCAUUGAUUUCUGGACUGUGUAAAUUGGGUGAAGUUGAAGAGGCAGUGGAAAUUCUGGAACAAAUGGUUUCAAGGGAUUGCCCACCAAAUACUGUCACCUAUAACACUCUGAUUAGCACCUUGUGCAAGGACAACCAAGUUACAGAGGCGACUGAACUCGCACGUGUUCUUACGAGCAAGGGAAUUUUACCUGAUGUUUGCACGUUCAAUUCUCUGAUUCAAGGUCUCUGCAUGACCGGUAAUUACAAGUUUGCAUUGGAACUGUUUGAGGAAAUGAAGCAUAAAGGGUGCCAACCUGAUGAGUUUACUUACAAUAUGUUAAUUGACAGCUACUGUUCUAGAGGGAGACUAAAGGAUGCUCUGAACCUGCUGAAAGAAAUGGAGUCAAGUGGCUGUGCACGGAAUGUAGUUGUAUACAAUACUCUGAUUGAUGGGUUGUGCAAAAGCAAAAGGAUUGAAGAAGCGGAGCAGAUUUUUGAUCAGAUGGAACUCCAGGGGAUUUCAAGAAAUUCAGUGACUUACAACACCCUCAUUGAUGGCCUUUGUCAGAACAGAAGGGUGGAGGAAGCUUCUCAGCUCAUGGACCAGAUGAUAAUGGAAGGCUUGAAGCCAGACAAGUUCACAUACAAUUCCCUUCUUACAUACUUCUGCAGGACUGGGGAUAUAAAAAAGGCAGCAGAUAUUGUUCAGACUAUGACUUCAAAUGGAUGUGAACCGGACAUUGUCACAUAUGGGACCAUAAUUGGGGGGCUGUGUAAAGCAGGUAGAGUUGAGGCUGCAAGUAGGCUCCUCAGAACUGUUCAGAUGAAAGGAAUGGUCUUGACUCCGCAGGCUUAUAACCCUGUUAUACAAGCACUUUUCAAGCGGAAGAGAACAAAAGAGGCCAUGAGGCUUUUUAGAGAAAUGGUAGAGAAAGCUGAUCCUCCAGAUGCUAUAUCACAUAAGAUUGUCUACCGUGGGCUAUGUAAUGGAGGAGGACCAAUAGGAGAAGCUGUUGAUUUUAUGGUUGAAAUGAUAGAGAAAGGAUUUCUACCGGAAUUCUCAUCAUUUGUUAUGCUGGCUGAAGGACUUUGUGCUUUGUCCAUGGAGGACACCCUCAUCAAGCUUGUUGACAUAGUCAUGGAGAAAGCGAAGUUAUCAGACGAUGAAGUUUCCAUGGUAAGUGGUUUUCUCAAAAUCAAUAAAUUUCGUGAUGCAUUGGCCACUCUUGGUGGUAUUCUUGAUAGCAGAAAGCCCAGAAAAGCUUACUUCCCACGAUGACUGAUAAAGGUAGAAUAUGCUAUUGUAAGUCAGAUUCGGGGAUGGCUCUUCAGGUCCAGCAGAUAGUACAAACUUUUGGAGUAGGAUGUAGGAUGGAUAUGGUAGUCCUGGGUUUGUAUUUUGGUAGUGCCAUAAAGAUCCUCUUGCAACAUUGUAUUAUAGUAUUGUUCUGUUUAAUUUUCAACCAUUUGAUUCAGAA